AUGAAGGUAGUGGUGUUGGAUACUGAGUUACACGUCUACGAUAGCCGGUACGACACCCGUGACGAAGAAAUUCUGCUACGAGUUGGGAUCAAGCAGAAAUUCGAGAAUCCCAAGGAGCCCAGCCACGGCGCGCCUCUUGUACUGACCAGUUUCUACUCCAGUUCGAAAGUCCUGCAGCCGUGGCGCACUUCGUUCGAAGUAGGAUCACCCUACUUGAUUAAAGCUUUGCGAGAAGUCGUCAAAGUUUACCCUGGAGUAGGCUUUGAUGCCACAAGGAAGGUCAUCCUGAUGCCUGACUCCAGUCGGUGUCUUUUCCACCAUCAAAUAGAUCUUGAAAAGUAUGCCAGCUCAUCCAAGGACACAACUCUGCAGAGUCACAUGACCCUAUGCAUGCCAUAUGUCGGCCGCUCAUUCAGGGAUGAGAUCUCAAGCUACAACGCAACCGUCGGAGACAAGAUCCACGGAAUCGAGAACCUCGUUAUGCUCCACUCUGUGGAGGGAUCGCGCUCGGACAAAGAUGACGAGCACUGGCGGCUGAUGACUAGGUUGAUAGAGGCCGACGGAACCAAGGUCGGAUACGCUUACAAACGCACCGCUGUUUCCAAAUACGAGGGUUUUGCACCGUUCACGACACUAUUUUCCUACUACGAUUCCAUAAGGAAGGAGAAGCUGUCAAGCGUCUACGAUGGGAAAGCUAGGCUCAGUGGACGAAGACCGCCAACCACAGUCGACCGCCAUCUCACCAUAGCUGCGGUUCGACAGAGAAUCAUUGUCGACUUCGAGGAAUGUUACCAAAAUCUCGAGGGUCGUACCUUGGACUUCUCAGAGGCUGGAGUCCCGGCGUUCAUCUUGAUCAACAACCAGUGGGGAUGGUUCAACGUUGACGAUAUUCAGCCAGCCACCUUCAACGACAAGUGUUUCGAAAAUCUCAUUCUUCCUAGUGACAAGAAAAAGCUCAUAUCAUUUCUUAUCAUGUCUCGCAACUUAGAGGGUUUCAGUACCGACGACUUCGUCGCUGGUAAAGAGAAAGGUGUAAUCAUCCUACUGCACAGUCCUCCGGGAGCUGGGAAAACAUUCACUGCAGGCAAGUUCUGA